AUGCCCCCGGCGCCAGAUGGCAAGAUCUAUUCGGCGACAUACAGUAAUGUCCCCGUCUACGAGUGCAAUGUCAACGGCAACCAUGUCAUGCGCCGCCGUGCCGACGACUGGAUCAACGCUACGCACAUCCUCAAGGUAGCCGACUAUGACAAGCCGGCGCGAACCCGCAUCCUCGAGCGCGAGGUGCAAAAGGGCGUGCACGAGAAGGUCCAGGGUGGCUAUGGCAAAUACCAGGGCACAUGGAUACCGCUCGAAGAGGGGCGCGGUCUGGCUGAGCGAAACGGCGUGCUGGAGAAAAUGCGAGCCAUAUUCGAUUACGUCCCCGGUGACAAGAGCCCGCCCCCAGCGCCCAAGCAUGCCACGGCUGCCUCGAAUCGCAUGAAGCCGCCAAAGCAGACGGCCGCGGCAAGUCGCAAUGGUAAUUACGUCUACCCGCUCGAACACAUGCCGUCUUCUUCAGCCUUUGUCGCCAAUUCGCAGUCGCAAGUGAGCGAAGACCCGUAUGAAGCCUCGCAGGUCCGGUCGCAGAUUUUCCGCGAGGAAACCCCGGACAACGAGACUGUCAUUUCAGAGUCGAUGCUGGGAGACGCCGACCUCAUAGACAUGUCGCAAUACUCGGCCGACGGGAACAGGAAGCGCAAAAGGGGCAUGGACCAGAUGUCUCUGCUCGACCAGCAGCAUCAAAUAUGGGCAGAUCAACUACUGGAUUACUUCAUGCUGCUCGACCACGAAGCAGCCGUCUCAUGGCCCGAACCACCCCCGAGCAUAAACCUGGACCGGCCGAUUGACGAAAAGGGCCACGCCGCCAUGCACUGGGCAGCGGCCAUGGGUGAUGUCGGUGUGGUCAAGGAGCUGAUACAUCGAGGAGCACGCUUGGACUGUCUCUCGAAUAACCUGGAGACGCCCCUGAUGCGCGCCGUCAUGUUUACCAACAACUUUGACAAGGAGACGAUGCCGAGCAUGGUCAAGAUCUUCCAGCAAACGGUGCACAGGACAGACUGGUUUGGCAGCACCGUAUUCCAUCACAUUGCAGCGACGACGAGCAGCUCGAACAAGUACGUAUGCGCAAGAUGGUAUCUCGACUGCAUCAUCAACAAGCUCUCGGAAACAUGGAUACCGGAAGAAGUCACGAGGCUGCUGAAUGCGGCGGACCAGAAUGGCGACACAGCCAUUAUGAUUGCUGCGCGAAACGGCGCCAGGAAGUGUGUGCGAAGCCUGCUGGGACGUAACGUUGCCGUGGACAUUCCAAACAAGAAGGGCGAGACUGCCGACGACCUGAUCCGGGAGCUCAAUCAAAGACGGAGGAUGCACAGUCGAGCACGCCAAGCUUCAUCGUCACCGUUUGCACCACCGCCGGAGCACCGAAUCAAUGGGCACGUCCCACAUUUGGAUGGUGGGCCCCUGAUGCCAGUGCCCUUCCCCAGCAUGGCGGUGCGAGAACCAAUGCAGUAUCGGUCACAGACUGCUUCGCAUUUGAUGACCAAGGUAGCGCCAACGCUGCUCGAGAAGUGCGAAGAACUGGCUGCGGCAUACGAGGCCGAACUUCAGGAGAAGGAGGCCGAGUUUUUUGACGCAGAACGCGUAGUCAAGCGACGGCAAGCCGAGCUCGAGGCUGUGCGGAAACAAGUGGCCGAACUCCAAGGCACGUCGAACGGACUGCAUAUUGACCUCAACGACGACGAAGCAGACCGGCAGCAAGAAGAGGAGCUACGGCUGCUGGUAGAAGAAGCAGAGUCGCUCUUGGAAAUUGAGCAAAAGGCUGAGCUGCGUCGACUGUGCAGUAGCAUGCCGCAGCAAAACAGCGACACGUCACCGGUGGACAUUACAGAGAAGAUGCGGCUUGCGUUGCUGUUACACAGGGCACAGCUUGAGCGGAGAGAGCUGGUGCGAGAAGUGGUGGGCAACUUGAGCGUGGCAGGCAUGAGCGAGAAGCAGGGCACGUAUAAGAAGCUGAUUGCAAAAGCACUGGGUGAACGGGAAGAGGACGUGGAGAGCAUGCUGCCCGAGAUCCUGCAGGAGCUGGAAGAGGCAGAGACGCAGGAGCGGGCAGAGGGACUGGACGGGAGCCCAGUGUGA